UCUGAAAAUCGUAUUAUUUUGUUAUUCAGGCUAGUCUGUAUAUCUCUUCCAUCUCUUCUAUCUGAAAAUAAAAUAAAAGUUCUUUGUGGGAUCAUGUGAUCCACAUGUUGGUUUGGGUAAAUAAAUCAUCAUAGACAUAGCAGGGGAAAAAAUAUCAGGUUACAAAUUUAAGAGAUCCUGACUCUAAUGUCUAUUGAAUUACUGCCUAUGAAAUGACCACUAGACUUUCAAAUAGCUAACACAGAGGAAAUAUAAUCAAUACUAAGACUUGCAGUACCUGUGAGGAAAACCAAAGUACUAGCACAGAAGCCUGAUUGUUCUUAAUACUAAGAACCGAGAUAUAUUUCUCUAUUAAGUACCUACUCAUAGAGAUAAUAUGAACAUUGACAACAUCCUUCAACACAGCAAUGUGCUUCAAUGGAUUUCUUAUUAUAAUAAAUAUGCUGAAGACUUUCGACCAAAACACAAAUUCACAGACACCAAUAUCUGCCCUCUGAAAUGUUGUUUUUGGGAAGUGACUCAGUACCUCUUCUGGAUGCCAACUGCUAUAGCUCUGUAAGGGUAAAUGUCUGGAUUUUUUAAACUGAAAAUAUUAAAGUAGUUCCAUCCUUAGUCAAGAAUUCAGAUGUUCUGGAUUGACCUACUGCCUGUAAACUAAUUUGCUGGUUCUGGCGUGAAUACAAUAUAGUUGAAUUAAAUUUUAUUAAAUUCCAGUGAAAUCCAGACAGAAUUUCUUUUUUCUCUUUCUUACAAGGGAAGAGGGAAGAAAACGUUUCUGUCUGUGAUUGUGCAUGGAAUAUGCUACAGAAAUGUCAGAGAUAAAGAAGAAAACCACUAGAGUUUCUUUGACCAUCAGUUCCCUGGUUAAUGAAACCUCCAACAUCAGAUCAAGUUAUUCUACCUUAGUUCAACCACUGUAUAUUGACCCCCAAAGGAUGCUGAGUCCCUGCAGCAACCUGUCCAGAUCCACCUGUGUUGUAGCCCCUGUGUUCACCAAGCAUCUUCAAGACAUCUCUACAACCAGUGGUCAGUCUGUCACAUUUGAAUGCCACGUCCAGGCAAUAACCACAGUUCAAAUUCACUGGCACAGAGAGAAAAAGGAGAUAGCAGACUCUGAGGACUUCCAGAUUCUGAGGAGAAGUAUUGUCACAAGCUUUUUGAUUUGCUUUUUAUUUCAAUUAACCUUGAAAUCUAAUUCAUGUUGUAAAGUUUAGUAGCUGAUCUGUUACAGGCUCAGAAAUUUCUAUUGUUAAACAAUUAUUAUUUCAAAUCCAAGUGAUUCUUCAACAAAACAACCAAAAAAGAAAAGACAGCAGGGUUUUUUGUUGUUUGUUUUAUGUGUGUGUGUGACACAACAGUUUUAAUGGCUGUGAAAAGAUUGGUUUAUUUUCACAAAUUAACUAUUAGUUCUUGACAUACAAAUAGCAAAAAAAUAUGAGAAUAAACAUAUUUUUAAGAGUAAAACAAAUUAAUAAUGAUGCAUAGCUUCCUAAACAUGUUUUUUUUAAGUUUCUUACCAAAUAAUUAAUUUAGGGAAGAGUAACAAGUAUGAUGAUCUAUUUCAUGCUAAACACUGAGUUUAUACUUUAUAAGCAAUCUUUCAUUUAAUCCUCACAUCAAGAUUUUGAAGGAUGCAUUACCUACAUUUUAUAAGAAAAGUGAAAUUCAGAAACACUAAAUGAGCCUCAAAACCUCAGCUAAGGCUGAGCAUUUUGCUAGCCUUGCCCAAGGUUACAAAGCUAAUCAAUGCUGCAAGUCAGGGUUCAAGCCCAAAACAGUUCUUGCACCAAGUGAAGAAAAUAUACUCAUUUAAAUAUUAAUUCAGAACUGAACAUUUGUACAUCACAUUCAGGAAGGAAAAUCUCAAAUUAUACAAUCUCAAAUUAUACAAUUUGAUACUAGCAUAAAGAAAAAAUUUUAAAUUACCCAUAUUCUCAUCACCCAGAGAAAACUAUUAAUCUUUGUUAUUUUUCUACAAUACUACUACAAUAUGUUUAUAAUGGAAUAUGCAUUGUAAUUAACGAGAUUAAAAGAAAGAAGUUUUCUUGAGAAAAAGAGACUACCAGAGGAUUAAUGGUUCAGUAAUGGUUCCCAAUCAGAGAAUGGGAUAGAAACGAAGAAUUAAGGCCCAGAGAAGUAAUUUUCACCUAAUCACAAAGCAAUUCAAUGGUAGAACAGGACAAAAACACAGUUCUUCUACUACCCUGCCAAGUAUUCAUUCCAAUAUGUACCUUUUCUGGGUUUCCACAGAAUUUAUAGCCUGUGACUCCAGAUUACAGUCAACCUUCCAUUUGCUUUAUUCAAGUUAUUUCUCAUAUAACAUGGCCCCUUCUCCCAACUAAAUUAACCAUCAUGUAAAUUCUCUUUACUCUCGUGUUUUAUCUUUCAGAAGCUUGUUUAUCGUCUAUUCCUGGUAAGCACAAUUUUUCAACAUCUUGAUAAUAAAUGAUUAAAUCAAAAUUUCCAUCAGAAGACUUUGUCUCCUAGAUCAAUUUUGCCUACAUGAGCAGUUUUGAGGCUACCCUAUACCACCUUUUGAGUUGACACAACAAAAGCAGCAAGAUAACUGGGAUUUAUCAGUGUAUUUAUUCAUCUAUUCAUUCACUUAAUAUAGUACAGAUGAUGGCCAGGUUCCAUUCUGGGCACUGAGGAGGUGUCCUGCCAUCAAACACCCAAGCUGUUGACUGUCCAAGAAGUAGGGUAGGGCCCAUCACACAAUGGUCUUCACUGUACUAACAGUAGGUUGAACAAUUCUGGCAAUAAUUUUUAGGUCAGUUCAGAAAAUCUUUCUACAGGACCUUCAUGCUAAACACUAAAGCUACAGAAAUCUGUAUGUCAGGGAAUAAAGUGUGAUGCUUGCUUUCAAGGAACUCACAGUAUAGUAAAAAGAUGUGUCAGAAAAACAGGACAGGUGAUGGAGACUGUGCUGGGAUUAUUCUAGGUUGUGUUUUUAAGAUUUAUCAUCAGGAGCCCAAUCAAAGACAAAAAGUCUAAUCAGAUGGAUUUUUUAAAAACCCAGAAAUACUCUAUUUAUUCCUAAUAUCUACUCUCCCUGACAUCCUCCCUAUUUGUUUAUUAAUUUGGGGUCUCCAAAAACUCUGGUCAAAUUGAAUCUCUUGCCUUUCCAGAGGAAGUCUGCACCUUGAUUAUCACAGAAGCAUUUCCUGAAGACUCUGGAGAAUUCAAGUGCAUUGCACAAAAUGAGGCUGGGACUGCAGUCUCUAAAGCAAGACUCUUUGUUUCCCCAG